UGGAUCAACUCUUUAAAGAGCUUACAAAAUGAAGCACCAACUUGUUACGGUCGACUAUUGGACCAUGAUAAAGACAUCAGGUCUAUGUUUGUUAUUGGCUCUUUGUGGAUUUAUUCUCCUAAAAAUGGUGCAGACGAUUUUCUGGCUCCCCGGACAUCUAAAGAAAAACCAGCAGCGUCUCGAGGAACUGGCCAAGCUUUAUGCCAAGGAUAUAGGCGAUGACGAGCGGGAAGAGAUCGAGAAACUGUUCAGCAGCAAGGAGCCGUUGACAGAGGAGCGCAUUAACCAGUUGCUGGACAAACCAGAAUCCUCAGAGCCCAAAAAGGAGCAGUAGAUUAAA